AAUUCACCUUCCUAGGAUGGGAGGCAGUUGAACAGGGAGCAGGCGGUUGGGAGGUUGUCCUUGUGGAAUUCCUGACAGUAAUGGAAAAAAGUUGACAGUAACUGAAGGGUAGAAUCAUGAAACAACGUUUUUAUUAGAGUUAUAUAUUGUUUUUAUCAAAGCUGAGUUUUAAGACAGACAGGCUGACUGUAACGGUAAAAUCAAUGACUUCUGCGACCGACCAACGUAACGUUGGAGUGGGACACAGCCAUGGAGGGGCGACGGUGAAAGGAUUUGUCCAGAAAGCCUGUUCACCUGAUCGGCCGCUCAAUGACUCACUGGAAGGAGAACUCCAGGCCUUCCUCACCAACGAGGACCAACUCCACACCUAUGACGACCUCACCAAAGUUAACCCAGUGACCCCGACGACAGUGUUGAAAUGCCUGCAGGCCAGGUACAGCGUGAAGGUGUUUUACACCAAUGCUGGCUGCACUUUGGUGGCUCUGAACCCCUUCCAGCCCAUACCGGACCUCUACUCUCUGGAUGUGAUGAAGGAGUAUCACUGCGCUCCUCAGCCCCAGGAGUCCAAACCACAUAUUUUUAUUGUGGCAGAAGAAGCCUACAGGAAUGUGCAGGGUCAGGUGGAGCCAGUGAACCAGUCUUUGGUGGUCAGCGGUGAGAGCGGUGCAGGAAAGACAUGGACGUCUCGGUGCCUGAUGAAGUACUACGCCACUGUGGCAGCCUCUUCCUCGGUGGUGAAGAGUCAGGGCACCGUGGAGAGGAUAGAGAAGAGAGUGCUGGACUCCAACCCCAUCAUGGAAGCUUUUGGCAACGCCUGCACGCUACGAAACAACAACAGCAGUCGCUUUGGAAAGUACAUCCAGCUCCAGCUAGACAGGUGUCAGAUGUUAGUGGGAGCGUCUGUGCAAACCUAUUUGCUGGAGAAGACCAGGGUGGCCUGCCAGCUGGCUAAUGAGAGGAACUUUCACAUCUUUUACCAGAUGAUGAAAGGAGCCACAGAUGAGCAGAAAAAGGAGUGGAUGAUGCCACAUGGUCAACAUUUUGCGUGGCUGCCAAAUGUUGACAAAACUGUUGAGGAGGAUUGUUUCCAGGAGACAGUCGAGGCGAUGGUUCAUCUGGGCAUUAAUACAGAAAGGCAGAGGCAAAUAUUCAGGAUAUUAGCAGGGAUUCUGCAGCUGGGGAAUGUGAAUUUCUGCUCUUCAGCGGACGAAUCACACCUGUGUAACCUGGAGGAACAGUCGAAAGAGUCCAUGCAGAGGGCUGCUGAGCUGCUGCUCGUUUCUGCUGAAGAGCUGCAGUCCUGUUUAACUGUGAGGAUGCUGAAAGCUGGGAAGCAAAGUGUGCUCAAGCCCUGCUCCCAGGCCGAGUGCAGCGUGAGGAGAGACUGUCUGGCAAAGACCAUCUACGCACAAUUAUUUGAGUGGCUGGUUACAUUCAUCAACAACAGCAUAUGUGCUGACCAAUCCACCUGGUGCAACUUCAUAGGAGUUCUAGACGUGUACGGGUUUGAGUGUUUCCAGAUCAAUAACCUGGAGCAGCUGUGCAUCAACUACGCCAACGAGAAACUCCAGCAGCACUUUGUGGCCCAUUAUCUCAGAGCUCAGCAGGAGGAAUAUGUGUCAGAGGGGUUGGAGUGGUCCUUUGUCAAAUACCAAGACAACCAAAGCUGUCUGGACCUCCUAGAGGGCAGCCCCAUCAGUGUGUUUUCUCUUCUUAAUGAGGAGAGUCGACUUAAUCGCGCCUCAGACGCCCAGACGUUCAGGAUCCGUUUAGAGAAGGAUCUCUGUGAUAACGCUAACAUCAGCUGGGAUAAGUUCAGCAAGGAACCACACUUUACCGUGGCCCAUUACGCCGGCAAAGUCAACUACCAGAUCCAGGGCAUGGUGGAGAAAAACAAGGACCCGGUGCCGCCAGAGCUCAUUGGUCUGCUUCAGAAGGCCGACAACCCCCUGCUCCAGCAGAUCUUCGCUGACAAGGAAUCUGACAACUCACCUACAAAAGGGCUCAGCAAAGUCACUGUGGUCUCAAAGUUUAAGAACUCUCUGGAGAGCCUGAUGAAAAUCCUGCACAACACCACUCCUCACUACACACGCUGCAUCAAACCAAACCCAGACUGCAAGCCGCUGACCUUCAAGAAGGAGGAGGUGAUCAUGCAGUUGGAGGCCUGUGGGAUUGUGGAGACCAUACAUAUCAGUGCUGCUGGCUUUCCAAUAAGAAUUUCUUUCAAAAGCUUCAUUCAACGUUAUGGACUGAUUCGAUCGAAAUACUCAAGGCUCAACUCAGGGACUCCUAGUGUUGACGCGGAAGCCGACAGCGUUGAUGCUUCACAAGAGGUGGAGGAGCUCCUCAGGAUGGUGUUACAAAACCAAACUUUUGAAAAACAGAGUUCAUUGGUGCACUGUGGAAGGACUAAAGUUUUCCUCACCCAGUUGAUGCUAGAUUUGCUGGAAGAUCAGAGGGGGAAGAUCCUCUCUCAGUGUGCCUUUUCCAUUCAGUGCUGCUGGCUGAGAUACCAGCGACACAGACGCCAUGUCCGACAGCAGUCUGCCACUCUGAUCCAAGCAGCUGUGCGGUCUUGGCUCGUCAGGAAGCAGGUCAAGAGAUGGAACAAAGCAGCGUCAGUCAUCCAAAGCACCUGGAGGAAGUGGACGGCUCUAUUGAAAUCCUUGGCCGAGGCAGAACUGGACGACGCAAAGGACAUGGUGGAGGAGGAGGAGAUACCCCCAUUGAAUCCUGUUAUCAGGGAGCGGGGCUCGGUGCAGCUCUCCAGCAUCCCGGAGCCCGUCACAGUGCGAGGGUGGCCCAUGGGGCUGGCUCUGGCCUCUGCCCCUUCCAUUACUGUGUCUCUGACGGCCACUGGUUUCCAGAAGAUGAUGUCUGUCAUGGCCUCCCUUAACCUGCCCUCCAGGAAAGGGGAGUACAAGGUGGAGACCAACCAGUACACACAGGGGGUGGCCUCCAUACGGGCUCAACCCAAGGGAUCCGUAAAGCUGCACUGUCAGCGAUCUCCACUUCUCUAUGCUGAUAGAAAGCCAGGGAAGAAGACAGAAGUGACAGGGUUCAAUGAGAUCCUGCUAGAGAAAACUUUAUAAGAGUUCUCUCUUUGGAUAACACUAAAGCCUGAUUUCAUGGAGCUGGAUAAAGGAUCAUUUGACACAGAGUUGCUUUAGCAGUGAAGCAGCCGCCCGUCUACAAUCUGACACCGAGGGAACUGAUGCAUCGUUAUGUAUCAUGUUGUUGCAUCUAACUUUAAAAUGAUCAUUUACAUCUCAAAUUGACUUUAAGGGUGCCAAAGUUUGUCUUAAGCUGUAUUAUACAAGGAUGCAAUCACCUGCAUCCUUGUAUAAUAAUGUCAGUGUCAGGAGGUCAGGUGAGAUAAUGCAGUGUACUCUGAACUUGACCUUAUUUAGGCCACAGAGACUCAAUCAUCUCAAAUUUAAAGUCAUUAGUCUGUCCAUUGCCCCUCUACAUUAGAGAUGGAGCAGAUAUAAUUUUGUCCACCAUUUUUUAGAAUAUGUGUCAUGUGUCCCAUUAACAGAAAACCAUGAGUGAGAUGUGAGUCAUGAUCGCUGCAUGACAAAUGGAAAUUUUUUAUCUUUUGUAUCUGGAGAACUAGAAUUAUGGCACAAUCUCAGCACCUUUUUAAAAAGACAGGGCGGAAGGUUUUUGUCUAAUUGUUGCCUUUUUGGAACAUUUGACUGUUUGAUAGAAGUAUUGGGCCUCUGACAAGUGCCUUCCUUAAAAUCUACUCUAAUCACAGAAUGAGCUGUUAGUACAUGUAUUUAUUUAACCGUGAUUGUUUAUGUGUAAAAACACACUGCUGAUUCAUUUGAAGAUGUCAACACAUCAUCUAGCAUUCAUGUUGAGUGUGGUUUAUGCUGGGAGAGGUAAGUCAUUAAGUAUUGCACAUGUAAAGCGCAUAUUGCACAUUAAAACCACACAUCUGCAAACAACUGCAACAGAUGGAUGCAGAGUCAAAAACAAGCAUUACUGAUGUAAAACAGGGAAAAGGGGAACACAGGUUUGUUCAAACUGCUGCUUUUUGUUUGAUCAAUAUAAUAUGCACAUCCUUUUUCUAUGCUAAUCAGCUGCAAUCCAAAGCAGUGUACUAUGUAACAUACCAAAGUCUUUUCAUGGUACAGUGUUCUAUGGCAACACUCAUUUUGUUGUUUGUAUAGCUAUAAAGCUUUGAUGUUCAUACUUUAAAUAUUAAAAACGAUGCUGCAUGUCGAGCAAUACCUCAUAUAUGCUUACCACUGAUAUUUACUCUCCUAGCUUUUCAUUCAUCAUAUUAUCCACAGGGACCAGCUUUGAUGACUCGUAGCAUAUCUUCAUUUACUUGCUGGAUAAUUCUUUUUUUCACCACUAUAUGUAAAUGUGUG